AUGUCUACCCACAACCAUACUCGCUCUGAUGUGAUGACCUUCCUCCUACCCAGCCUCCCAGGGCCAGGGGGCCCAGGACUCCUCACCAUCCUUGGUUUGACCUAUAGCACCACCUUUCUUGGAAAUGGUCUGAUCCUUCUUACCAUCUGUGCCAACACCUACCUGCACCAACCUCAGUUCUUGCUCCUGGCUCUGUUGGCCACUACAGACCUGGGUCUUGCCCUUUCUAUGCUACCCACCAUCCUGGAUGCUCUGUGGCUCCCAGUCCCUACUAUCUCUAGGGAUGUAUGCCUCCUCCAAAUGUGCUGCCUUUAUGCUGUCUUUAGUGGGCAGUCCUCCGUGCUGCUGGCCAUGGCCUUGGACCGUUGGUUAGCUGUGUGUCAUCCUCUCUACUACUUGGCCUUCUUUACCCCCAGCCGCCUUGCCUGGACCAGUCUGGCUUUCAUCCUCCGGGCCACCAUCCCGCUGCUGCCCACUCCUUUCUUGAUAUCCUCCUGCAGUGCUCAUAGUCUCUCCUUCCCUUUCUGCUUCCCAACAGAAGUGCUACAUUUUUCCUGUGGAGGGCUCGGCUGGACCUACGCAGCUGCGUCUAUGCUCGCCACAGCCAGUAUGGAUAUAGUCCUCAUUACCAUCUCCUAUUGUCUGGUCUUUUGGCAAGUGAUGAAGAGGAUAUCUCCUGUCGGGCAGCACAAAGCCCUAAAAACGUUCACUGCUCACCUCUGUGCCCUCCUUGCCUUUUAUGCACCACUUUUUACUUCAGCCCUAUUCCCUGACUCGCUUCUAGGAAGCCUUGCCUCUCUUGGCCUUCUUGCAUCCCCUGCUCUCCAUCCCCUUGUCUAUGGUAUACAGUCUAAUCAGCUCCGUUGUGGGCUGCUUGGUGUUCUUGGUUGCCCCUCAACUUCAAGGGUUGCCCCCAGCCCAAAGGGGCCACAUCCCUAG